AUGUCCCCAUUCCUGAGCGACGUCCCUGCGGGCCUGCUGGAUGUCGACGAGCUCCUGGCCCAGUUGACGGUCGAGGAGAAGGUGGCUCUCCUUACAGGCAGGGACAUGUGGCAUACCACGCCACUUCCCCUCCGCGGCAUACCAUCCAUUCGCGUCUCAGAUGGACCAAACGGGGUCCGCGGCACCAAGAUCUUCGACGGCGUCCCGUCCUCAUGUCUGCCCUGCGGGACCGCCCUCGGCGCCACCUUUGACCCGGAUCUGUUGGCCAAGCUCGGCCAGCUCCAGGGCCAGGAAGCAAAGGCAAAGGGUGCGGUGGCCGUGCUUGGGCCGACUUUGAAUAUCCAGAGAGGCCCGCUGGGCGGCCGCGGCUUCGAGUCCUUUUCAGAAGACCCGGUCCUGUCUGGCCUGCUGGCCGGCCACUAUGCGCGGGGCCUCCAGCAGGAGAAGGUGGCGGCCACCCUGAAGCACUUUGUCUGCAACGACAUGGAGCACGAGCGCAUGGCCGUCAAUGUCCUCGUCACGCCCCGGGCCCUGCGCGAGAUAUACCUCCUGCCAUUCAUGCUCGCCAUCUCCAUCGGGGACCCCCGGGCGAUCAUGACGGCCUAUAACAAGGUCAACGGCACGCACGUCUCUGAGAGCAAGGGGCUGCUACAGGACAUUCUGCGAGACGAGUGGAAGUAUGACGGGCUCGUAAUGAGUGACUGGUGGGGCACCUAUAGCACGACGGGAGCGAUCCAGGCCGGUCUUGAUCUGGAGAUGCCCGGCCCGGCGCGGUGGCGAGGCGCCGUGCUGUCCCACGCCGUCAUGUCCAACAAGGUCACCGUGGGCCAGCUUGAUGACCGGGUGCGCAACGUCCUCGGCCUCAUCAACUACUCGGCGGCCGCCCGGGUGCCCGAGAACGCGCCCGAGGAGCAGCUCAACCGCGCCGAGGACCGGGCGCUGCUGCGCCGCGCGGCCUCCGAGUCGAUCGUGCUCCUCAAGAACGACGACAACCGGGUGCUGCCCUUCUCCAAGGGCGGCAAGACGACGGCCGUCAUCGGGCCCAACGCCAAGACCGCUCGCUUCUGCGGCGGCGGGAGCGCCUCGCUGUUACCCUACUACAGCGUGUCCCCCUACGAGGGCAUCGCAGCCAAGCUGGGCCAGGAGCCGCGGUUCGCGCAGGGCUCGAGCGACCACCGGCUGCUCCCGCUGCUUGGCGACCAGCUGCGGACCGGCACGGGCGGCGAGGGCGGCGGCAAGGGUGGCGGCGAGGGCGGCGGACAGCGCGGGUUCACGUGGCGGGCCUAUAACGAGCCCCCGACCGUGGUGGGCAGAAGACCCGUGGACGAGCGCGUGCUAACCGACUCGAACUGCUUCUUCCUCGACUACGAGCACCCGGACCUGGCGCCCGUGUGGUACUGCCAGGCCGAGGGCACCUUCACGCCCGCCGAGAGCGGGGUAUACGAUUUCGGGCUCGGGGUCGAGGGUACCGGUCGGCUGUACGUCGACGACGAGCUGGUGGUGAGCAAUGUCGAGAACCAGAAGCCCGGGACGACGCUCUUCGGCGCGGGUACCGUCGAGGAGACGGGUAGUAAGGCGCUCGUAGCUGGCAGGGACUACCGCGUCCGGGUUGAAUGGGGGUGCAGCAAGACGAGCAAGCUCCCCUCGGUGCCGCCCGUCGGAGGGCAGCACGGAGGGCUGCGGUUCGGCGCGGCUCGCCGCAUCGCGGACCCGGCCCGGGCCAUCGCUGAGGCGGCGGCCCUAGCUGCGCAGGUCGACCAGGUCGUCCUGGUAGUUGGGCUCAACGGCGAGCUUGAGUCCGAGGGCGUCGACCGCACGGAUAUGGGCAUGACGGCGCAGACGGACGCCCUCGUCGCCGCCGUCUUGGCCGCCAACCCAAACACGGCCGUCGUCAUCCAGUCCGGCACCCCGGUGGGCAUGCCGUGGAUCGACCAGGCUAAUGCCGUCUGCCAGGCGUGGUAUGGCGGGAACGAGACUGGUAACGCCAUCGCAGAUGUUUUGUUUGGUGACGUGAAUCCGAGUGGUAAGCUGCCCCUGACGUUCCCCCGCCGCGUCGAGGACAACCCGGCAUACGUCAACUUCCGUAGCGAGGCCGGGCGCGUGCUGUACGGCGAGGACGUGUACGUCGGGUACCGGUACUACGACAAGACCAAGACCUCGCCCCUGUUCCCUUUUGGCCAUGGGCUUUCGUACUCGACGUUCGCGCUGCAGGAUCUGGUCGUCGUGGACCAGCAGCAAGAGGAGGCUGGGGGGAGCAACAGCAGCAGCAGCAGUGAGACGUCGACGGCGGCGGCGGCGGCGGGGGUGACGAGGAUCACGCUGCAGAUCUCCAACACGGGCUCACGUGGGGGCGCCGAGGUUGUGCAGGUCUAUGUCGCGCCACCGGCGGCGAGCUCGGUAGGCCGGCCGGUCAAGGAGCUCAAGGCGGUGCACAAGGUCUACCUGGAAGCCGGACAGAGGCGGAGCGUCUCGAUCGAGCUCGAUACGGUGCUGGCCACGAGCUACUGGGACGAAGGGCGGAGCCAGUGGUGCAGCGAGGCGGGCGAGUACAAGGUGCUGGUGGGGACGAGCAGCGCGGAUACGCCGCUGGAGGCAGCCUUGAGGGUGGGCAGGACGAGGCACUGGACGGGUAUCAAGCCGUGA